UAUUCUCCCGCGAUCCACGCCGGUCUCCCAUUCCCGAAGCGUAGCCAAUGAAACUAAAGUGAAUUUUUCGGAAAAAUGUGACACCCAAAAUUUACAAACUCAUCAACAAAUACUAAAUUAAAAGAAAACAUUUGCAAUAUCACUCGCAUAAAAUUAAACAAUCAAUCAAUCAGAUUCUGUCGCAGAAUCUCUGACAAUUUAUUUUAAAUAGAUUUGACAUUUGAUUCGACGUUUUUAUUCUGCUUCUGAAUGAUUUUUAAAUUAACUUCAUUCAUCAAUUUUCAUCGCGAAUGGCGAGUUGAUAUAUUUGUUUAGCGUGGAAAAAUUGGUUCUUUAAAUCAAGCCCUUGACAAUGACGAAUAUCAACAGAGUGAAUAUUUUCUGGUUGAAAUAUGGAAUAUACAAGUGGAAAUGCAUUCCCCACCCCGAGUAUGCACGACGUCUAAUUUAACAAGGAGCCAUGGGGCUUUUAUUUAUAUCGUCGCAUUAUACAUAACCGGAGCCUGCCAGUGUCGUUUCUCAUCUGUUAACCCAGUGCUAAAGUAAGUGAACCGUGAUGCAACGUUUUGGAUAUGGUGGUUAUGUCGUGAGAAUUACCAACAGUGCUAAUCAUUCUUGUGGAAUGUUUCAUCAUAAUUGGAAGACUUGUCAAAUUGUGGGGAUAAAGCCAAGUCGAUUGCAACAGUUUACGAUACGUCUGAACCAGCCCCUGAAAUCAAAGGAUAUUAAAAUGCGUCUUGAAAACUAACCGUCUGCGCAAAAACCUCACCUCGUGAUACAAAAGUUGAGAGAGAAGAGGAAAAAACUUUUGAAUAAAAUAGAGGAAUGAGAGUGCAGCGGUAAUUCCCAGAAGAUUUUUCCAGUUGAGGUGGGUUUGAUAUCGAAGAGAGUGAGGCUGGCUAGGAGAGAGAGGCGGGAGCCCAAGGGGCUGGACAGACAUCUACAACUCCACGGAGAGAGGUACGAAGAUGGUUACGUGAAGCGACGUCAAAAGACUAGGGUAAAAGUGGCCGAAGUGGAGGAGGACGACGAGGAGGACGAGGCCAAGUUGAUAAUAAAAUUGUCCCGAAAGAGGAGGAGGAGGAAAAAUAAAGCCCUGAAUAAUUGAAGGCAUGAUGGAACUCGAUUGGGGAAUGGCGAAUGUCACCACGGAAUUGCCAAGUGAUUGGACUAAUUAUGAUUCAACAGUUGUUGAUCUUCGUGGUGAUGGUAAUCUUACACUCGAGUGCAAUGCUGAACUCAAUGAUGGGGCUUUAUUCGAGUUUGUCACUAAUGGAAUUCUGCUGAAUCUUGUUGGGCUUUUUGGACUCUUUGGGAAUAUCAUCUCGAUGAUUAUUUUGUCGAGACCGCAGAUGAAAUCGUCCAUCAAUUAUCUGCUCAUUGGACUCGCCAGGUGUGACACGGUUCUCAUCAUUGCCUCGGUGCUGAUACACGGUCUGCCGGCGAUUUAUGCAUUCACCGGACUCCUAUUUGACUACAAAUUCGGUGUAUUUCCCCAAAUAGUAAGAUACUUAUAUCCACUGUCCUGCAUGGCCCAGAUGGUAACGGUGUACCUGACACUGACAGUAACAAUGGAGAGAUACGUUGCUGUGUGUCAUCCACUGCGUGCAAGGUCAUUCUGCACAUACGGACGAGCAAGAAUAGCAGUUCUCUGCAUCGUCAUUGUGUCGAUUAUUUACAAUAUGCCAAAGUUCUGGGAGGUAGACCUCGAGGAGGAAAUCCACUGGAAAUACAAUGUCACUGUGUACUGCGUUGUCCCAGCUAUUUUACGAUCAAGCGAUAUUUACAUAACUAUUUAUGUGAAUUGGAUGUACUUUUUCGUGUACUAUGCCUUUCCAUUUGUCGCCCUUGUGGUGUUCAACGUCGCCAUUUAUAGAAGGGUCAGAAAAGCAAACAGAGACCUUCAACAACUGUCUCGGCACCAGCGACGCGAGAUAAACCUCGCGACAAUGCUCCUCUGCGUAGUAAUAGUCUUCAUAGUGUGUAAUGUCCUUCCAUUAGCGUCAAAUGUAUUCGAAAAAUUUCAAGUACUGCCACCAGCCUGGCUGGUACAAGCUGGUAAUCUUCUCGUAACAAUAAACAGCAGUAUUAAUUUCAUCGUUUACGUUAUAUUCGGUAGGAACUUCAAACGAUUAUUCAUACGACUGUUCUGCAGCUCCAAGUUCUUUGGGGCUGGCAGAGACAGCCCGGAGUUUCAAACUAAUGAUGAAUCAAUGGUAACAAACACUACGAAUAUCGAACUGAGAAAUUCGAUACGAAGAUGUCACCUGCAAAGAUCUAACACAACUGUCCAGAGGAGUAAUCACUCUAGUGUACAUUUGAAUGGUAGCACGAGACAGAGUCCUUGCGUUUAUUAUCCAGCUAGGAGUCCUGUCAGGAGUCCAAGUCAAAUAUCGUCUAGGUCGUAUGUCAAUAAUGGCUGGAGCAAGAGUAAUAAUAUUGAAUCGACACUUAAUUAAUUAACAAUUCGUGACCGGUCAGUUUUAUGAGAAUAUCUCGAAAUCUAGAGGAGAUAUCGAAUUUCUUAUCAGAACAUUUUUUGUAGAGCAGAGUGAGACCUACGAAAAUGCUAUUUACGGAAAUUUCGCUAUCUCUCACGGAUUUCAAGAUAUUUUCAAAAAACUAAUGAGCAAAAAUUAUUUAAUUAAAAAAUCUUCUCUUUAGGGAUAAAAAAUUGAUUUAGAAUAUUUCUCAACUGUAAUGGAGUUUUCGGUCGACAUAUUGUGGUCGAGGACUUGCCCACGCGUUGAAAAACAACUGAGAAUCCUAACUUUUUCAUCGAUACCUCGGUGACUCCUAACGAUAGAAAAAUAAAACUCAAAAAGACUGGUAUGAGAGGUGAGUUGAGCGAAAAAUUGGAGACCUCCCCAGAUGUCACGUACUUGAGACUUCCUCGCGCAAAUAUAUCCGAUUUCAUACGUAUGAACAGUAAGUUGAGAAGUUUCUUACGAAUGAGACGAGACACCUACGAAGAACUUUGAUGCUGUCCUGGGGGAGACGUUUCUCCUCGCGGUAUAUGAGGUUCGGGGGAAAGAUAAACAAUUUAGUGCGGGAGGCAUCGAUACUCAUUAAAUUAAUUGUGUAUAUGCAGGGUGGAUACAAAUUGAGGAUAUCCCGGGGGGAGAGGCUUCGCGAUCGAAUGGCUUUCCGAAAAUUCAGUGGUAAAACGGUGAAGUCGAUUUAGACCUCAGAGCUGAGUUUUUUGGGAAUAUCUCCGAAUGUAAAGGAGAUAACGAAAUUUUGGUAAUGACAUUUUUUGUAGAGCGAA